AUGGGAUCCGACGACGAUUCCAUAGUGUACGCUGCUAAGCUACGUGCAAUUGAGAUGGCAUUGGAAGUCAUCAAGGAAAAAUGCAAUGACAAAGAUAACCAAUGGAAAGACUGCCUGGUAGAGAGCGGAGCGGUUAUCUUUACAGAUAACCAGGUAGCUCUUAAAGCCAUCCAAAAUCCACAAAUGCCAUCUGGCCAGGAAAGCGACAACGUCAGUGCUGAUCCAGCUCCGCACAGGGAUCAUCGGACUGGCCGAAUACCUAUCCAAAAUCAAGAGGAAAGACUCACCACGGUGGUCAAAUUGCUCCGCAAGGUAUUCUUUCCACAACCACCAGAGGCGGAUCUCUCCGAUAUACAACAAACCCACACCAGCAACCGAGAACAAUACCACCUCCCACCGAUAAACGACACCGAAGUGAGAGCUGCAAUCAAGAAAGCACCACCGAACAAAGCACCCGGAUACGACACGCUGCCGAAUCGACUGUGGCGGGCCCUUGCGGAACCAGGAUCACGGUCAGAGGAUCGGUUUAUAUCACUCCUCACCGCGAUCUUCGACGUCUGUGUUCGAAUUGGACACAAUCCACAGCACUUUCAAACCUCCAUCACAGUCACACUACGAAAGGCCGGCCCACGGGACUACCGAGUUCCAAAGUCAUAUCGACCAGUUGCGUUGUUAAACACACUCGGCAAGGUCCUUGAGGCAAUUGUGGCCACGCGAAUAGCGUGGUGUGUGGAGGAAUACAAGCUGCUCCCAGAGACGCACCUUGGGGGAAGAAAAGGGGUCUCUGUGGACCAUGCAAUCCAGUUAAUCCUUGGAAAGAUACACCAAGCAUGGGGAGACAGUAAGAUAGCCAGCAUGUUACUCCUCGACGUGGCUGGAGCAUACGAUAUGGUCUCGCAUGAGAGGUUAUUGUACAACAUGCAGCAGAUGGGACUUGGUAUACUUGCUCCGUGGGUCAAGUCAUUCCUUACUGGUAGGAGUACACGAAUCAAGCUACCAAACGGUCACCUAAGUGACGCAUUCCCUACACCAACCGGUAUCCCACAGGGCUCACCGAUCUCACCUAUCCUCUUCCUCCUCUUUAAUGCACCGCUUGUACGCGCCUGCACACUACGGGGAUUAUAUUAUGGGGAGAGUGAGGCAUACGGCUGGGUAGAUGAUGUAUGUAUUCUAGCUAUCUCAAACAGCUAUGAAGAGAACAUCCGGGUGCUAGAGAAAGCACUGCAAAGAGCGGCUAUAUGGGCGAAGAAACAUGCUGCGAAGUUCGCUCCUGAUAAGUUCGAACUGAUCCAUUUCGCAAAUCCACGAUCCACCGCCACUACUACUACCACUGCCAACACCGCCACCACCACCACAGAUAUCUGGGAAGUCCCAGACGACCCAUUAGGCCACGACGGUAUGCCAGUUGUUAUCCCAGGAGACAUACCAGCUGUCCUCGCGCCAAAAGAAGUAGCCAGAUACCUCGGUGUAUGGCUCGACAAGCACUUAAAUUUCACAACCCACCGGAAGAAGAUGCUUGCAAAGGGAGCCGGCAGUCUCGAAGCACUCCGCGGAAUCUCAGGGUCCACGUGGGGGUCAUCAUUGAUUGCAAUGCGGAAGGUCUAUCAGGCAGUCAUCAUUCCACAGAUGCUAUGGGGACUGUCUGCGUGGUACUGCCCAGCUGCCAGAGCAAUGCCAAGGGGCGAUCUCGACAAGCUCACCAACGAACUCACAAAGAUACAAAAACGUGCGGCAAUCCUGAUUAGUGGGGCCUUCCGAGGAACAGCAGGAGCAGCACUCGAUACAGAAAUAUUCAUCACCCCAAUCAGACUACGAAUCCAACAGAUCAUCGAAGAAACAGCCAUACGAAUCCUCACCGGCCCGCGGUGGGUAUGCCCACAAAUUGCAAAAAUAGCUAGGAAACCAAAGGAACGAAAAGUCGGGGGGUGGUCCCCAACCGAGGCGAUUGCAUGGAAAACAAUCCGACUACAAUCUGACAAAUGGGAGGAGAAGCAGGCAUUUGUGCUUGCACCCUGGGAGACACGGAUCCCAUGCUUUAUUGAGAACCAAGAAGCUGCAUUGAAAACCCACAAUGGCAUCUACGAAGAAGCUGCUUGUGACAAACAGGGGCAAAUAAAAAUGGUUUUCACGGACGGGAGCGGAUUUGCAGGACACAUUGGCGCAUCAAUGGCCAGUCUUCAGCAUGGGGUAUCGUCACAAAGACGCUAUCUUGGAAUGGACUCCCAGUCCACAGUGUACGCUGCCGAGCUCAACGGCAUUGAAAUGGCAAUUGCCAACACCAGGCAUAACAAGGGACAGGCUCGAGAAGUGAUCAUUUUCUCCGACAGCCAAGCUGCCAUCCGGGCAGUUCAGAACCCACAGCGACCGUCUGGCCAGCACGUGCUGACGUCAAUCUAUAAUCACGUACGAACCAUCCGGUCACGAAGUCAGCAAAACCCAACGAAUAUCACCAUCAGGUGGAUCCCUGCACACGUUGGUGUGGACGGCAAUGAAUUUGCCGAUGAAGAAGCAAAAGGUGCAGCGCUUCUGGGCGCGGGGAUGGGAACUGCGACCGGGAGCGGAACGGGUGAACCGAUAAUCCGCCUCGCCGCAGCUGCCAAGAGGGCGGUACGCCAGCGAAUCAGGGAGCGGUGGGAGAAGCAAUGGGAGCGAGAAAGGACCUCGGCCCCCACAAAGCGCUUGGUGCAGGCGCCGAACAAGAAGACCCUCCGUCUGUACGAAGGCCUGUCGAAGCCGCAGUGUGCAAUCCUGAUUCAAAUGCGCACGAUGAGGAUCGGGCUUCGACACUUCUUGUUCAAAAUCAAGGCAGCGGAGACUGACCGGUGUAAUUGUGACGAGGGCUCACAAACACCAAGACACAUCCUGAUGCAGUGUCCAAAGUAUGCCAUUCCGCGUACAAAAUUGUGGGAGCAACUGGAUAAGAUUGGGAUCGGAAUCACGGAAAUAGAUUACGACAAGAUCGUAUCAAACCCGCAGGCCACCCGCUACGUGGUCAACUUCAUGCACCAAACAGGUCUCCUCCAGCAGUUUCAACACGUUAGGAUCGAGGAGGACGACGACGACGAACCGACAGGCCUCGCGGCAAUGGGACUAGGUAUGGAAGACGAUGGGUAUUAG